ACUGCCACCGCCGCCGCCGCCGCCGCCGCACCUUACGUGUACCCUUCCCGCUCAGGUGAGUCCUUCCCACGCCUCCCAUUGGCCCAGGCGCCGCCGGCUCGGGAAGGCCAACGCCGACGGGUCUAGUUCAGGGUCUAGGGUGGGCGCGUCACUUCCGGUAGCGCGGAGCUUGUAAAACACCCAGGAGAGAAAAUGGCGGCUGCAGCGGCGGCGGCGGCGGCUUCGGCGGCUCAGCAGCUCUCGGAUGAGGAGCUUUUCUCCCAGCUCCGCCGUUACGGCCUGUCUCCCGGCCCGGUGACGGAGAGCACCAGGCCGGUCUACCUGAAGAAACUGAAGAAGCUCCGGGAAGAGCAGCAGCAGCAGCAGCAGCAGCAGCAACAGCAGCAGCAGCAGCAGCAGCACCGGACCGGGGGCCGCAGCGCCAAGACGCGGAACAGCAACAACAAUAACACGGCGGCCGUGGGGGCGCCGCCAGGGGUUGGGGCGGCCGCGGCCGCCGCGAGCAUGGGGGGCAGGCCACUCUCGGGUGACCUCUCGUACCUGCGGACCUCGGGGGGGCUCAGCCGCGGCUCGGCCUCAGCCCCGGAUAACCCGCCUGGAGCCGCGGCCGCCGCUGGGGCCACGGCCGCUCCCGCCUCCGCCCUGGCCGCCUGCGGCGGCGGCGGCAGCAGCAAGGUGCUGCUGGGCUUCAGCUCGGACGAGUCGGACGCCGAGGCCAGCCCCAGGGACCAGGCCAGCGGCGGCAGGAAGGAGCGGGCGGCCCUGCAGUACCGCGGCGGACCGAAGCCCGCGCCCCUAGCAGACGGCGAGGCGGGCCCGGGCCAGCCCGCCGAGAGGAGGAAGCCGCACGCGUGGUGGGGGGCCCGGAGGCCCGCGUCUUCCCCGGACCCCCUGGGGCCAUCGGGGAGGGAGGGCGCGCCGGAGGACGCGGAAGAAAGCGGGGACGGCGGCGGCGAGAGGGAGCCGGAGGGCGAGGAGCUGCGCUGGACCAGCCGGCCCGUGAACGGCAACCGGCUCCUCCCCUUCAGCUGCCGGGAGAACUACUCGGACUCGGAGGAGGAGGAGGAGCAGGACGACGUGGCCGUGGCCCGUCCGCUUUUCAGGGACGAUUCGCUGCUCCGGCCCCGGCCCAGGCGAGGCCUCGGCAAAGCCCCCGUGGGCGCCCGGGGGGAGGCGCCGCACCCUGCGGCGGCGGCCGCAGGCGGCGGCCCGGGGAAUGACAGGGCCGCCAGCAGUCUAGACCGGAGGCGGGGUCCAGAGGAGGGAGGGGGAUGCGACCCACUGGACUGCAGCCCCAUUCCCAGAUACCGCCUCACCUCCAAGAAACAGACCCCGCUGCUCCCCGCGCCCCUACCCGACGGAGAGCUGCCCUUGGAUCGCAAAACCAAUAACCACAUCGGAGGGGGGGGCUUCCACCUGGACCCCCCGAGGGUCUACGCCAACAGUCUCCCGCCCAGCCCUCUAAUCGCCGCCGCCUCCUCCCCACCGCUCAGGAUCAAUCACUCCAAUCAUACGGGCUCCAAUCAUACCUACCUGAAAAAUACCUACAACAAGCAGAAGCUCUCGGAACCGGAGGAGGAGCUACUCCAGCAGUUUAAACGCGAGGAAGUGUCCACCACGGGGGGCUUCAGUGCCCACUAUUUGUCCAUGUUUCUCUUGACUGCUGCCUGCUUGUUUUUCCUGAUACUCGGACUCACCUACCUCGGCAUGAGAGGUACGGGAGUGUCUGAGGACGGGGCACUCAACAUAAAAAGCCCCUUUGAUGAAACAUUCGAAAAGAUACAAGCAAAUGAAAAAAAUCUCAUGAUGAAUUCAUUAUACAAACUUCACGAUCGAUUGGCACAAGUAGCAGGAGAUCAUGAAUGUGGCAGUUCUAUCCAGAGGAGGCUUUCUGUCCAGGAGGCAGCUGCAUAUUUAAAAGAUUUAGGUCCUGAAUAUGAAGAUGUAUUUAAUACAUCUUUGAAAUGGAUUUUAGAAAAUGGGAAGGAUGUUGGCAUAAGGUGUAUUGGUAAUGGCUCAAAUGAAGACUUGACAAACAUAACUGAUGUGCAAUUCUUGCAAUCUACCAGACCUCAGAUGUCUUUCUGGUGUCGUUUUCGACGUGCAUUUAUUACUGUGACUCACAGAUUGUUGUUGUUGUGCUUAUUGUUGUUGUUGUGCUUCGGUGUAGUGAUGGCUUGUGUAGUUGUACAUUAUGUGAAAUAUCACUGGACAAAAGAAGAGGAAGAAACAAGACAGAUGUAUGAUAUGGUGAUAAAGAUUAUAGAUGUAUUGCGAAGUCAUAAUGAUGCUUGCCAAGAGAAUAAAGAUUUACAGCCAUACAUGCCUAUUCCACAUGUUCGAGAUUCUUUAAUCCCACCUCCAGACAGGAAAAAAAUGAAGAAAGUCUGGGAUAGAGCUGUCGAUUUCCUGGCAGCAGAUGAAUCUAGAGUUCGUACAGAGACACGAAGAAUAGGGGGUGUAGAUUUUCUGGUUUGGAGAUGGAUACAACCAUCGGCAUCCCGUGACAAAAUCUUAGUGGUACCUUCUAAAGUUUGGCAAGGACAAGCAUUUCAUUUAGAUCGAAGAAAUUCACCACCAAAUAGCCUGACGCCAUGUCUAAAGAUUCGAAAUAUGUUUGAUCCGGUUAUGGAAAUAGGGGAUCAUUGGCACCUGGCAAUUCAAGAAGCAAUUUUAGAAAAAUGCAGCGAUAAUGAUGGCAUCGUUCACAUUGCGGUAGACAGAAACUCAUGUGAGGGUUGUGUUUAUGUUAAAUGUCUAUCUCCAGAAUAUGCUGGAAAGGCUUUUAAGGCAUUACAUGGCUCAUGGUUUGAUGGAAAAUUGGUAACAGUAAAAUACCUACGACUAGAUAGAUACCAUCAUCGCUUUCCCCAGGCCCUCACUUGCAACGUUCCCUUGAAGCCAUCAAACAAACAUAUGAACUCUAUGUCUCAUCUCCGUCUUCGGACAGGCACAGCUAAUUCUCAGGGAAGCUCCUGAGAGAGUGUUUCUGUCACUGCUAAGACUAUUAUUCACAGCAGGAGAAUCCCUGUUUGGCUGCCGGUCUUCCUUUUUGUUUUGUUUUGUUUUGUUUUUUAAGCUUUUUGUAUGUAAUAUUUUCAUUAAUGAAAACAGGUCUGCUUGAAUGUUCCAGAAAUCUUCAGUUUCCAAAGGGAUUUAGAAUAGCAUUGAACAAAUAGAACAAUUGCUUCCUGUCAUUUGGGGAGCUCAGAUAAACCAGUGCAUUUAAAGUUUUGCAUGAGGAACAUUGAAUUUAUUAAACAUUUUUCAUUAUGGUGGUUGUACAUUACACCAAGAAGUGUUUUAAUAACCACAUACAAGCAUGGUGAAGAGAAGACUUCUUGCAUUUUCAUAGUUUCCUGUGAACUAAUGUUGUGAGUUUUUGUAACCAACCACCUACAUGGUUCCUGAUGACUGAUAGGUAAAGCUGUUAAUUUCAGAAUUUAAUCUUAGGUUUCUGUUCUAUAAGGGAUUGAUUUGCUGCCGCUGGAAUAUGGGGAAAUUUAUUUGGCUUUAGUGGUUGCAUAUUAGUGUGAAGGGAUGCAGAGAUAUUUAAACUGGUUUUUGUAUAUACAUGUAAAUGCUGGUGGUGGCAAAAAUAGUCCUGUUCUGUGAGGAUAUCUGCAUUAAUGCAGUGAAUAAGCUUCCUAUUUUAUUCAUAACCUAAUGUUUUAUAUUAUAUAUAAAUAUAUAUAUAUGUGUAU